AUGAUGAAAGAAAAAUGGGUAGUUAUUGCCUCUGUAGAGGUUUUGUUUAAAUUCCCUCUACUACCUGGAGAGGACCCAACAGCCCGCUGUGUCUCUAAUAAAAAGAGUCAGCCUGCAGCAUACCAACCAAAUUCACCCCCACAAAAACAAGGAGACCAAAAAGAAAGGAAGUGCAAUAAUCAAUUAAUGACAAAUGUUGUCAAGAAGCCAAAUGUCAUGAAGCAGAUGGCAAGUCAUUGCUCACAACCUCCUUCUCAGAGACCCACUGGUGACAAGACACAGAAGAAGAAAUGUUUUGAAGCAGUGAGUCCAAGAGCUCUCCCCAAAGAAGAGGAAAACACCAAGGUGAAAUGCAGGAAUUGUGGAGCCUUUGGACACAAAGCAAGGAGCAGGCUGUGUCCCAUGAAAUGUUGGCAAGAAGCCCUUCCUGUCCAACCUCUGUGCUCAAAGAAUGAGAAGGAGAAUCUGAAAACAAGGAAUGCCCAGUUGUUCCAGACUCCAGGAAUGUUUAACAUGACUGAGAGAGAGAAGAAAGAAGAACAAAGGCAAGAAGUGAUUUCAAAGAAAACUGUGUCACAGAGAUUUCCCAGAAGCUCUGUAAAGAAGAGUUGCUCAGAAGAACCAAAGGAAUCUUGUUUCUUUUUGAGGAAACCUACCAGACCAUUACUUCACAUAAUCAAGAAGAAAACUUCGUUGGGUCCUGUCUCCAUGGGUCCCAUACCAGUCAAGACACCUGAUAUGAGAGCAACCACCUCCUCGUAUUCUUACAACAAAGGAUCAGAGCUGAGAACUUAUACAUCGGUACAAUCACAUGAUAUGGGAUUCUCAGACACUCCAAAGCCCAAUUUGAGGAACUGCCAGGAUUCUGAUCCCAGCUCCAAGAGAAUAUCCUCUGGGUCUGUUGUUUCCUUGAAGGGUGCUCUUCAACCUUCCACGAAAACACCUCUUUUGAUCCACGACACUAAAGUCCAGACAGGUAUGAAGCAUCCUGGUAUGGAAUCACAGCCCAGUGUACAAUCUGUGAGACCAAAGAGUUGCCAAAAGCCCAAAGGCAGAAUCCAGAAUCCAAGAAAGAGGCCUGCCCAAUUCAAUAUUCAGGAGACCCAGGAUCACCCAAAGAAACCUCGAAUCAGCUCUAGUCUGAAUCCCACACUGACAUCUCGAGUACCUGAGUGGGAAACUGCACAGGUUUCUCAAGUUUCUCUCACUACAAAUGGAUUUUAUGUCCAACAAUCACCCAAGAUAAACCCAAACAAACAAGCAUUGAAGGCCAGUGUCCACAGACAGACUCUGCACUGCUCUUCUUAUUCAAGUCCUACCGAAGACACAACUGUCUCCCAAUACACACAUUCAGGCAAGCACAAAAUACCUAUUAGCUUGAAAACAGACAAAGAACAGCCAGGCUUUGGGACAAAAUUGUUGCCCAUGUCUAAAUCUCCUACGAAGACUGAAUCUGUUUCUCAGAGCAACCUUAAUUUAAAGGACUCUUUUAUCCUUGGCUCUAAUGUCACAAGGAGUGUCCUAUAUGAGGAUCUCCAACUCUCAUCCUCCUCAGAAGACAGUGAUGAGUAG